AUGGCACACUACAUUGACGGGAAAGACUGCAUGAUCUCAGAAUGGAUCCUCCUGAUCUUCGCAUACUGUUUCGUCGCGGCGCGCAUGUACACGCGCUUGUUUCGUCUGCGCUCGAGGUUGGACGCGUCGGAUUAUCUGUUGUUGGCUUCUGCGUUGGUUGCGUUGGGGUUGAUCAUUUGCGAUACACUCACGUAUCAGAUGGGUGUGCUGGAUGAGUAUGAGACGUCGGAGAAGCUGUCGAAGAUCUCGUUCGCCUCGAACUACUUCUACGAUGUCGGAAUGGGUUUCCCCAAACUCAGCAUGCUGGCUUUCUACUGGGCGUUCUUCAACCUUGCUGGUCACCCGGGACUGCGCAAGAUGCUCUUCGGUAUCACGGCUUUUGUCGUUGCGAGCUACCUGACUAUCCUCUUCGACGAUACCUUCUUCUGCGGCACACCUGUUUCCGUCCAGUGGUCUCAGGAAGAGGGCGCAUGCUCCGUCUUCUACGCGCCAGAGCCGUUCAUCUUGAACUUUACCCUGAACUUGGCUUGCUACCUCGCGGUCUACGCGGUUCCUGUUGUGCUCCUGAUGAAGGGUGUGUUGAGGUCAUCGGCCGGUGUUGGUCUUACAUUCGCGCUCGGUGCGCUCACUAUUGCUUCGAGCAUUGUGCGAUUCGCCUGCCUUAAGAUUGGAACAGGGCAGGAAAACCUCGUUUAUCCUUUAAGUAUGGUGGAGAUGACUCUCUCAAUCAUUGUUGUUGCGCUGCCGGGACUCAAGCCACUUGCGAGGAAUACCAAGGUCUAG